CCAUCGUCUCGCGGUUGGAAGGCGAUCGUGCCUGGCUCCUGCGCCUUGGCAGUGUGAGUUCGCGUGUGCGCCUGCGCCGGCCUGUCAGGCUGGGGGGAGCGGCUGAUAUCCGAGCGGGCGGCGGAGGCGGCGCCGGGCCAGGAAAAAGUACGAGUCACCUAAUGCCCAAAUAAGGUCUUUUGUCUUUCUGCAAAAACAUUCUCUGCAGCCAUGGAUGAAUAUAGCCGCUUUGUGGACUGGGACAAGAUGGAUGCCACAAUCCAGACACAGGACUCAAAGGAGCUAAUCUGCACAGAUUUCCAGGAGUUCAAACAGCUUGCCCGACAGGGCUGUUGGGCCAAGAAUCACUCUUUGAGAGCCAAAGUAUACCUGAAGCUAAUUGGCAACAUCCCAUGCCGCACAGUGACACCAGAUGCAAACGUGUACCGGGAUAUUGUUGUGAAGAUCAUUGGCAAGCGUAACACUGGCACCCUCCCGUUGCCAGAGUUUGUGGAUAACAAUCUGGUGCCCAAUUAUUGUUUGAAUGCCGAGGGCAUUGGGGCAGUCAGAAAGAUAAUCUGCUGCAUUGCAAAUCAGUUCCCUGACAUAUCAUUCUGCCCAGCGCUGCCUUCUGUGGUGGCUCUGCUCCUCCACUACAGCAGGGAUGAGGCAGAGUGCUUCGAGAUGGUUUGUCGCAUCCUUGCCUGCAAUGACCCAUCCAAGCGGCUCAUUGAUCAGACAUUCCUGGCAUUCGAGUCCUCCUGUAUGACUUUUGGUGACCUGGUUAACAAGUACUGCCAGGCAGCACACAAGCUGAUGGUGGCAGUGUCUGAGGACGUUCUGGAGGUGUACUCUGACUGGCAGAGGUGGCUCUUUGGAGAGCUGCCCUUGGUGUAUGUUGCUCGGGUCUUCGAUGUGUUCCUAGUGGAGGGCUACAAGGUGCUCUAUCGGAUUGCACUAGCCCUUCUCAAAGUCUUCCACAAAGUGAGAGCCGGGCAGCCCAUGGAGUCGGACAAUAUGCAGCAAGACAUUCGAGCUUUUGUUAGGGACAUUGCCAAGUCAGUGUCUCCUGAGAAGCUGCUGGAGAAAGCCUUUGCCAUACGGCUUUUUUCCCGGAAGGAGAUCCAGCUUCUGCAUAUGGCCAAUGAGAAAGCCCUACAGCAGAAAGGCAUCACAGUCAAACAGAAGAGCCGCUGCACUCCUCCUGUUUGCAGUGUUUCAUCUUCUAAAAGACAGAACGUGCACUUGGCAGUGCAUGCUGAGAACUUCAAGUCCGAAAUCGUCAGCGUGAAAGAGAUGAGAGACAUCUGGUCCUGGAUCCCAGAGCGCUUUGCACUUUGCCAGCCCCUAUUGCUUUUCACCACCUUGGAGCAUGGCUGCAGCCUAAACAGGUUCUAUUCUCACAACGAAGGACAUGAACCAACUCUCCUCAUGAUCAAGACAACAGCCAAAGAGGUCUGUGGCGCUUAUUUGUCAACUGACUGGAGCGAGCGCAGGCGAGGAGGGAAUAAACUGAGUUUCUUUGGGACAGGAGAAUGCUUUGUAUUCAGGCUGCAGCCAGAAGUGGAACGCUAUGAGUGGGUGAUAAUCAAGCACCCCGAACUGGCCAUGACUACUUCUGAGCCAGGGGCUAAGUCCACGCAGGUUUCCACUGUCCUGUCCUCCAGCAGUAUCCCCUCGGACUCCUCGGAUCGUCUUUCUCCCUUUCUAGCUGCUCGUCACUUCAACUUGCCUUCAAAAACUGCUUCCAUGUUCAUGGCUGGCAGCAACGAGUGCAUCAUCAUAGGCAGGGGUCAUUGUAGCAGAUAUCUCACUCCUGAGAGGAAGCAAGGGUGCAUAGUCGCUUCCAACCCGGUCCCUAUACUGCUCGCUUGUGUGCUGCUUUGGUCCCUGCAUAAGUGAUUGCAGAAUGGCGCGGUAAAGUUUCUUUCAGUGGGGGAAGGAACGAAGAGCUCUCUGCCAAGGACCCUUCAGUAGAGGAUUGCCAAGUAUCUCCAGGAAAGUUUCCUAGAGAUCUCUCUGUAGGAUUCCUGUGAAAUCUCAUACUGCUUAGCCGCACAGGGAAAUGUCCAACACACAGAAACACAGCUAGCCUUGUACAUUUCUACGCCUUCAGCCCACCUCCUCACUUCACAAAGCAAAACCAUGUACCAUGGGUAUCCUCUCCUGCUUCUUGCUUGCCGGAGUGCAACUGCCGAGACUGGCUAGACACGUCCAGAGUGGAGAAAACCUCUUGACUGGACACACCACCAGGUGACCCCGCCGUGGCCUCCACAUGGUCAUCUAACUCCACCUCUUCAUCAAGGACUUCAGCCUCUGAGUUAGGUCCACUGGCUCCAGCCCCACCAAAAUAUCCACUGGGCUUUUGGCAGUGGAAGUAGGGUCGCUGCCGAGGAUAGCAUCCAACUCCUUAUAGAAACAGCAGGUCUUCAGUGCAGCACUGGAGCGAUGGUUUGCCUCCCUUGCCUUCUGGUAGAUCUUCCUCUGCUCCUUUGCUCUGCACUGCACCGUGUGCUGAUCAUAGCCCUUUUCACAUAAGCCUUGAGAAAUCUGCCUGUAGGUAUUGAAUUUCCUAUGACUGGAGUGUAGCUGGGACUGCACAGCUUCCUCUCCCCAAAUACUGAGCAGAUCCAACAGCUCUGCAGUGGUUCAAGCGGGAGAGCAUCUGCUGCAUGGAGCCGCCUUGGUCAGCUGGGAAGAUGCAAAGUGAAUUCUUCACACCGAGCAAACAGGAAGUGGGAUUUCAAAAAAUCCUGGGGCUUUAAGGGGGGAGAGAUGGAAGGUUGUUUACCUGGCUGCAGGGCAGUGGAGUUAGAACUUCUGACCAUAGCAGUCAGGAUGGGCAUUGUGGGACACCUUCUGGAGGCCAAUUAAAGCGAUAAAAUCAAGCGUGGUGGCUUCAUUGGCACUUUGUCGACAAAACUUUUGCACAAAAAGUCUUAUGUCUCUCGUUGAGGUGGUUUUAUUUUGUUGCUAAAACUGAGAAGUUUUGUCACCAAAAGUGGUAUUGCAGUGCGUACACCUGUACUGUUUUGCUGAAAAAGCUGCCUUUUGCCGACAAAGCUGUGUAGUGUAGACAAGGCCCUAGUUCAAUACCCAUAAUGCUCUACUGACUGUGUAAUGCUUACAGUACUUCUCUGCAAUAGGAACGAUCGCUGAGCAUAUUGUUUUCAAACUCUGUUCUCUCCAGAGAUCAGUUCAUUCCACAGAUUCAUGACAUCUCUGCUAUUUUAUUAAUAUUGUUUAAGGGGCGAAGAGUUAGGAGGAUUCUCCCUCUCCCCCAAACACCAAGAUGCCCUUUUUAGUCCUCUGCAACAUGCCUCCCUCUCCAUCCCCUUUACCUGUGUGCACAGGUGCAAGAGGUGGUACCUGACCUUGGACUCCCGGUCUAAUGCUAUGUUGUAUUGUGCCUAGACUGCUAGGGCAGCUAAUUGGUUGUUAGUAAGAAAAACACCCUUGCCAGUAACCAUAGUCCCUUCCCAGGGAUUCAUUCACAAAGGCGGCUUUUUGCCUGUAUAAUUGUUUUAUCUUGGUCUGUGGGGAAGCCAGCAAAGGGUGUGUGGCUGACACAGCUGAUGCACACUAUUCCAAUGUAGCUGUCUGUUGAGUGUCUUUGACAUGCUUCACUAGUUAGUGAAACUUCACGUAUACCUUAUUUAAUGGCCCCUUUAACUCAAUGACAUUUUAAAUUCACUGGGGGAAAGGUGGGCCGCAUUGAGUAGGAAAUGUACUGGCCUCCAUCUAGACCGUAGCCUCACUUGCAGUCAAACCCACCCCCUAACAUACUGUACAAACAGAAGUGGAGGCUUGUGAUUGUUCCCCCACACUUUAAAGGGUCUCUGGGGAGAAGGGGAGCAGUUUUAGGACCACAAGGCAAAGAUUAUUCCAAGCAACACUCAGCCCUUUAGAAUAUCAUCCCCUCCUUAGGAGACACACUAACUAUAUACCAAGUUUUGGAAUUGCAGACAUGGAAGCCAUGGGGGAAUAACUGACUGGCAGGGGAAGUUGGGUUAGCAUAUGUUUAAUGGGGCCCAUAGGGUCAGGUGGGUCAGGUGUGCAAGUUUCCCAAGCAAGAGUCUGGUUAUUUUUUCAGGCAGGGCUAGUAGCUGUAUUUUGGGCUGUCUUUUAAAUUCUCUGGGUCCUUUGGUGCUGCUUUGUGCUCAGGUAGAACCCCCUCCAACCAGAAGCAUUCUUGCAGCUGUGAGGGGAGUUGCACUGCUCUGAUAGCCAAAUAGAGUAGACAUUAUAUCUGAGCCCUCUCACUGGCCACUAGUCAGGGCAGCCUCCAGUCAAUGUCCAUUGUUCCUGAGUCCACUGUCGAGCUAUUUGGGGUGAGUUCCUUCUCAGCAACUCUGCAAGGAGGGAGAGGCAAGAUCAUGGACAGAUAACAAUCAGACUACACAAGUUUCAAGAAAGAGUUUUUGUCCUGAGUGAUGGAGCAUGACCUGUCCUCGUCAAUCCAGCCAGAACCUACUGGCAGGGUCUGGAUCUCUGCUUGCCUUGUAAACAAAGCAGAAGGAAUCAAAAACAUAGAACACCCAAUGCCAACUAGUUCCCCCCUCCUGCCUUUAAAAUGGUAUUAGAGGCAGAGGAUGUAUGUGGAGCUUGAUAUUUAAUCAGUUUCCUGCUAACUGAUGAUCCUGCACUGCUGAAGUGUGAGUGGGAGAUUGACAGCAGUGGCGACUCCCAGAAAUGCUUUUUGAUGUCAGUGCUCAUGCAAUUCAGAAAUAAUGAUGACCCGCUCAAUUGCCUCUGAGCUUUUAAAAAGCAAAGGGACAUGAAAUCUCAGUAAAAGUAAAUGCACUCUGAGCCCAGCAAAAGAUCCAUACCACACUGAAGAGCAAUAACAUUCAGGGCAAGGCUGAGAAGCACUGAUUUGUGCAAUGGGCAUGAGGAAGAAACAGAAGAACUAGAAAACUAGAUCUUCAUUUCUUAGCUUAUCUGCAGUAAAGCACCUCUCAUUUGGCAAACUGUCCCCUCUCCAAGCCACAUUGGGACAGCCUUCCUUCAACAGGAAACCAGGAAAGGAUCAAAGCUUAACAGAGGUUCUCAGACUGCUUCAUAGCAUGGAUCACAUAUUAAAAGAGGGAUUGUCUUAUAAAGGCAUCCCUUCCCACAUGUGAUUGUGACACACAGGCCCAUUGAUGGUUCACGGCUCUGACGGCAACUCUUGUGAGGCCUGACAUACUCACUACACCUAACACACUAUUGUUAUAAUCUGCUCUCUAAAAGGUGUCAUGUAGGUAUAAUACAAAAAGGUAACAUGCUGGUCCCAAAAAUCAUUGUGUCUGUACAGGGUGUGUCCAGAAUUAUAUUAUGUUCUUAAACUGUUCGGCAAGCAAUGCAUAAGCCCUGUCUGUCUUAGACAAAGGAAUAUGAAUUUGGUUGUCUGAUCAGCCUGGUCAUCUCUCAGAGAUGAUGAGGGUACAUUUACAUGUAAGGUAAACAAAGCUAACAAGGCGGGGAGAAGAUAGCAUGGCGUCUGCACUACAGCAGAAGAGAGAAACUUUGGGCUUACUUUUCAAAUACAUUUCAGCAGUUUACUGGAUUAUAAAAAGAAGUGAGAGAGAACCCCUGAGUUAUUCUUCACUCAAGGAAACCAAGCACUUUGACCUCUGUUUUGGAUCCUGGCUAAGGACUAGCCAGUUGUGCAGGAAGAACGACUAUGGUGAGACACCUUCUAUGAACAAAACACUCCAGUUUGUUAAAUUGAGUUUCAGUCUUAGUACAGACGCUCCCCAACUUACACAAGCGUUCCGUUCCGGAACGCCUUGCAUAACUCGAAUUUUGCGUAAGCUGGAAAUAUAUACCUGACCAUUAUGCCAAAAAAACCCAACACCCUAUUUCUAGCUUAUGGAACUUUUUCUGUAAGUGCGGAUUUGCAUAAAUCGGGUUUGCAUAAUCCAGGGGGCGUCUGUAGUGUAUUUUCACUUGUUUGUUUGUAACCAUUUCUAUCCUUAUUCUGCCACUUGGUAUCACUUACACUUGUGUCCGUUUGUUACUAAACUUGUUUUACUUUUUCUGUAAGCAAGCGAUGGUUGAAGGGAAAGGUGUGUUAACCCCAGAUAACCUAACAGGCUGCUGUGUGCUAUCUCUUUAGGAGUAGUUAACUCAACACCCCAGGGAAGACAGUUUGGGGAAAACUCAGGGCUGGAAAGGCUGUUGUCACCCCGCAAGAAGUAAACUGGCUGAUGGAAGUCUGGAUGAAGUCAGGGUGCUGUAAGGAGGCUCUUGAUAUCCAGGCUAUGAACCAAAGCUGCACAGGAAAGAGGCAGACAGGAUUACAAGGCAGGCAGUGACACAGCCUCUUACCUGUCUGGAUUGAACCCCAAAGUAUCCCAAUAUCAUGUAGACUGUCAUGGUUAUAGGGCUGGGUGAAUCUCUGUCCCAUUCUGGUCUCUCUGAGUGCACACUCAGUUCUCAUGCCUUUACCUCUCCUAGGGUGGAAUUCCAGUUUUCCCUCUCUUAGCCCUUGUCUACACUCAUGGCAGCAUGUAGAGUACAGGCACUGCAUGUGUAACUACACACCAUAGCGAAAGCAGGCUGUAUCCACAUUUGUCACUCCAGUACGUAGCUACAAGCGGCAGUGGAAGGCGCUGGCAGAGGGAAGGCAGGAGGGAAAGUCUAAAUGCUUCUCUCACCCCACCCUGUCAGAGCCUGUCCCUGCUGCUAGAGCUUUCCAUUGCUAGGGGGAAGGGCUCUGGCAUUGGGCAGGCAGUGGGACCCUACACUGCUAAACAUACUAGUGUGGGCAUGGGAGACACUGCUUGGGUGUGUAGAGGGUUCAGGCAUGUAGGGCUCUCUGUUCUACUCACCUAAGCUGUGCCUCACCAUCUACACUGCUAUUUAUACCCAUGCUAGCUGGGCAUGCAGUGUCUAUACUACACACCCAGCCACUACUGUACAAGACCAGGCCCUGGGGCUACAGUAUCCUGCAUACCCACUGGGCUUACUGGUUCGUCACCUGCAGUUGCUGCCUUUGGGAGUCUGUGACCAGUAGUGAAUAUAAUGACCAAACAGCCUUCUUAAAACAGAGUGGUAGUUGUUCUCAUAGUAGAAACAAGGCAUAAGAGAAAAAAAGGCUUUAAAACAACAAACAGUCACACCUAUGUUUCUCUUAACUAACUCUCUGCUAGCUCCUGGUGGGACACCAGACUGACCCAACAUCUUCAGACACGCCAAGGUUCCUGUGUCAGUCUGGUUGUCCUGACCAGCUCCCCUUUAAACCAGCCAGAGUUCCUUUGUUCCUGGACUUUGGUCUCUUUGUUAAAACCAUUUUCGAUGGCUCAGCCGGAGGACAAGCCAGCUCCUCAGGCCUAUGGCUCUGCCAUUGUCCCGUAACAACCCUCAAGUGUUUGCUGAGGAGUGGCGUAUCUUGAGCUAUGCUUCCCUUCCGGCUUGUUUUUUCACACUGAACCUCAAUACAGUCAUAUGCUAAACAUCCCAAUAACCAGGUCAAAUUCCAGUGUCCAGCUGUUAUUGCAGAUCAGCUCUCCAUCCAUCACAGUGACCACCUCUUUUUGCAAGUGUGUGAGGGGAAAUUUGGAGCAGCUCAGUGAAGCCCCAGAGCCGAGCUCAUCGCACAAUCACAACGUAUGAGCUUCAGUGGGACAGAGGUGUAGCGCUUUGUGCUGGCUUUCUGCGCCAGGGUGAAUGUCAUGGGGUGUGUGUCUCUGGGGCACAGUUAGGAUGGGAGCUACGAUCAGCUCCCGCAUGUCUCCAUGUAUUCAGCAAACAGCUGUCGAACAAGCAUGGUUGAAGCAGAUGUGAUCCAAUGCCUGAUUCCAAACUCCAUUGCUCUCCACUGCCCGUAUAAUGCCCCUAUGUGUCAUUGUCCCAGAGACAGAUGCUAAGCCCUCCACCCUUCCAUUUGUUUACUACAUGCCUUUCUUCCAGCUGGCAUUUUCCUCCAUUCCCUCCUAGAAUCCUUCACUGCACCCCCUGCUGAACUUCUACAGUAACAGCCCUGCUGAUUGAAAUGGUCUCUUUACUGUGUUAAUUUUCCUAAUACACCUGAUCCCUUUUCCCAUUCUCUUUAAUUAUCUCUCCCCUCUUUCCCCAUUCCCUCUGUGCCAGAGAGAGUAUUGAACUUCUGUCAUACUCUCCCCGCAGAGACACCUGCCCCCCAUUUAUUAAAUAAUGCACAGGAUCCUGCCCCAAUUCCUCGCUGGGGAGGCCAGUAUGGGUCUCUCGCUGUAGCCCAUUUCCACUAGCAGAGGAUUCUGGAUGCAUUAGCUCUCUGCCUGCUGGGGGCAAAUACAAGAUUGAGAUAGACUGUAAACUGCCCAGAGCAGACCCACCCUUCCUGAGUGACUGGAAAGCACUAGCAUGGAGUAGGUGCUAUUGUUGUUAAUAAUAGUACCAUCAUUUCAACCUGGUCUUGUUACACUGUGGCACAGAAUAUUAUGACCAGAGUCUGCGUUCUACAGUGGGCCAGCCUGCCUUCCCAGUUACACCAUCAGCUCCAGUAGAACAGCACCAGCAUAACUGGGAGGAGAACUUGUCCCUGAUCAAGCAGGAAAUUCCUCUACAACUUUAGGGAGUUAUCAGGAUCUCUUCAGGAAAGGCUGUGAACUGGGAGUCUGUGGUCAGUCACAUGGGAAUGGGUGGAACACCAUUGCCUUUAUUUAUAUAUAGAGCUGAGGCAUUAUUAAAUAAUGAUGAGCUAUUUGCUGACAAUCAGGCUACCCCAUGUGAUCCUGACUGGGUCAACUGAUUGGAAAAAACUGUCCUUCAGGAAGAAGCAACACACUCUUAAUAUAGACCAUGGGACAUGUGCAUCUUUUCCCCCAAGCUGCUCUCUGUUCAUUCUGCUUACAGUCAGCUGUGCUAUAGGGGGUGAGGCUCUAGGAAUGCAUCUCUGAGCAAAGGGGACCAAACUAUUUAGAUCUACACAGAAAGUUACUGCACUGCAAGCCAGGGUGCGAAUCUUCCACACACCAGCUUGCUCAGCAAUAGCGUCCCAUGCAGAUACUGGGUACAGUGCAGAGUGCAGCCUACCUGAUACACUACAGAUUCAUAAGUAACUUGCCAUGUAGACAAGCCCCUAGACACACAAACUGUGUGAAGUGAGGAAAACCAAAGUUGAAUUGACCUGAGAUGCCUAAAACCCAGCUAGUAGAUGGUCUAUAGUACUGAUCUUUACUAAUGUUUUUUUUAAGCAACCAUCCCAUAUCAGUCCCACACUACAGUCUCUGGGAGCUUCUCUCAGAGGCCAUACACUCGGAAUGUUCACACACAAAUUUCCACCAGUAAGAGAUCUAGUGGAGACAUUUCUAGUGGCUUCUGGUCUUUGUACCAUUGUGGCUGAUAAACUUGAAACAGACUCACUGCUCUCAAGUCUGUAAGUCACUUCAGUUUCCAUCCAUGGAAGGUGAGUUUAUGGCAGGAAGCUUGGUCCAGGCCCUAGAGGUGAGAGUACAGAACUAGAAGUCAGGAAAUCUGGAUUAUAUUCCUGGUUCUGGACAAGACCCUUUCCCCUCUCUGUGCCUUUGUUUUCCCACCUGUGAAGCAGGGAUAAGGAUCCUUCCCUUCCUCUUUGGGGUGGUUGUGAGGCUGAAUUUAUUAAUGUGUGUGAAGCACUUAGAGAUUUUGAAGUGGAGGCUGCCAUGCACAGCCGCAUUAUACCUUGAAAGCAUUUCAUUUCCCCAUGUCAUUGUCUGAGCUGCCACAGCUCCAGCUGUUAAAAAUGGCCAUAACUUCAUCCAGGCCUUUUUGAAAUCAAGCCAGUGAAUUUCACAGGCUGACUCUGUCAUUGCAGAAAGCACAUUUCCUUUUGUCUGCAGCACAGUUACUGCCCCAGUGUCUUCCUUGUUCUUGUAUUAUGAUGCAUGGUUAAAAGAGGAACAGAUAUGUUUCCAUUUACACCCUAUAAAUGUAUAUACCUCCUUCAAGUCCCCUCCUACUCUUCUUCCUAGGCUGAAGAAUACUAGCCUGUAUAAUUCUUUAUCAUAAGCAAACCCAUGGCUGUCUUCAGCCCUCUUUUCUGAGCCUUGUUCUCUCUUAAGGUAAUAGAUCUCCUCCCUGAGUAAAGGAGCCCUAAACUCAAGACAUUCCUGGCCAGCCAACAUCAGGGAUGGCUGGAGUUCUCCUGCAUCUAAAGGACCCUUAGAUCAGGAUGGAGCUUGCCAGCCAAAACCAGCAGAUGGGUAUGUGUCCUUCUUGUAGGGCAGGGCUUCCCAAAAUGUGGAUCAUACCCCCUGGGGUCAUCAGGGAGUCUUUGGGGGUCAUGGCUGGGCUGAUACCCCCUGUUGAGGGGAUGCAGAAAAGGAAGGAGAGGGAACAGGAUUCCAUUCUCAGGGUGCAGCGUGCAGCAGCCCUCCCCCGCCCUACCCAACAGCUGUUGAGGGGUGCAGCAGCAGGGAGGCAAAGCCAGACUCAGCUGGCAGGGGCAAUCAGAGGCAAGAGAAAAGAGCCCCGCUUCCAUCCUGCCAAGGUUUGUGGGAUGCGCACAGUCCCAGGAGGAUGUUUGAUGGGUUGCAACCCACAAUGAGGUUGUCUUAUCUGGCCCAAUCACCAUGGUAUCCAAACAUCUAACAAUCUUUAGUGUAUUUAUCCUCAUACCAAGCAGAGGAGGGCUAUUAUAGCUAUUGUACAAGUUGAAAACUGAGGCACAGAGAGGCUAAGUGACUUGCCUGAGGCUGCCCAAGAAGUCUGUGGCAGAACAGGAACUUGAACCCAGGUCCUGGGUUAGUGCCUUAACCAACUGGACCAUCCUUCCUCUUUAUUGUGAGCCACUGUUCAAAAGGACUCCAGAUCCAGCAGUUUGCUGAAGCCUGGAUCAUGGGCUGCAAGACCUGGCAUAUUAUCAUCUAUACAGCAGCUGUGGUAAACCCUUAGUGAAACUGUGCUCUUUAAUAUGAUAAUAAUGUAGGAAACUUUGGGUGCAUUGCAAUAAGUGGAUCAAACUGCCUUUAACUGAAGAUAGAGUUUGAGGAAAGAGAAGGAACAGAAUGCUGAUAACGGGGGCGGAGGGGAGAACCCAAUGGAGGCUAUGACAGUAUUGCUCUUGUAACUUGCUCCCUAAAUCAGAGACGGGCUCCCUCCCAGAGACACCCAGCCUGUACUGGAAGCAGACAGUGGAUAUAUGUGGUUGUGGGCAGCACUGGAGUCAUUUCUGGCCUACCAAGCCUGCACCUGCUGAGUCUAAAAAAUAGAGGCUUGUCUGCCAUCGCUGCAUAGUUCACCAGUAUGAAAUUCAUCUGGCUUUUUGUUAGGACACAGGAAUGGGAGUUGCCAGUUCAAAUCCUGGCUCUGGCACACACAUUCCCCCUGUGACUGUAGACAGGUGGUGGGAUCUCCCUGUGCCUUGGGACCCCAUCUGUAAAAUGGGGACAAUAAUCUCUCCUUUCUCCUAUGCUGUCUCACUUGGCUAUUUAGAUUGUAAGCUCUUCAGGGCAGGCACUGUCUCCUCCUAUUAGUUUGUACAGCAGCUAGCACAAUGGGGCCUUUACCUCGGCUGAGGCCAGUAGGGGCUGCUGGAAUGCAAAUAACGAAGAAUAAUUUUUAAGAAAAUGAAAAAUAAAAUAUUACCAAGCAAGCAGCCAUUCCCCUCCCUGACCUGCAGACAUGUGUUUCAUGCUUGGCUUGGCUUCAACCAUCCCACCAUAUUCACAGAAACAUCCUUUUCAUGUCUGUCAUGUGAAUAGGUAAGAUUCCCUUGUGUGGUGAGAUCUGAGAAGGAAAAUCUUUGAAAUGGCUGUAAUGGCCACUUUCAGCAAAGCCACACUGGUUAUACGACUAGUUGUGCUCAAUAGGGGUAAGGAUGGGGGUGGGGAAGAGGAAACUCUCGCACAGGCAGUUCUCUUCUAUAUUUUUUCCUUGAUCAUUUGAAGAAAAAAACCCAAUCUUGCAAAUAUUUCCACCCUUCUGCCCCGAAUUGCAUUGCAGAGAUAGGGAGUGUCUAAUACCAACACCAAGAGCUGACGCCACCCACGUUACUGGGCCCUUGUUGUAUCCUAAGAUAGACAGGGCCUCUUUUCAGACCCAAAUCAGAUAUGGCCCAAGGAUUUGGUUAGACCAGCUAAUCCCAUAAAAUCUCCACCACUCACAAUGGCAGCAGUCUUGCUCUAUCAGCUGCUAGGUCAGUUUGUGAGAGUUUAGAAGACCCCAAACCUAAUCUGGAUCUGACUCAUCUCUAUUUUCCCUCAUCCGCAACCUAGCAUAGACAAGGUGUUCUUCACCAGUUCCUCUGUCUGCAAAUGAAGGGAGAGGCAGCCACUGACAGCAGAAAUCCCAACUGCUCUCCUCGACUGGUGCUUUCGGGGAGGGAGGGGCACAAAUCCCACUGCAGUGAAGGCCCUGUGGGGGAAUCCCACCUUCAGGUACAGUGCCCUUCUCUGGUGUGUGGAGGAACCUAGAAGCAGCAGGGGGUGGAUCUGACCUACAAAGCCGUGUUCUUCUGUUUUUUUCUAGGCAGGUUUAAUGAUAGGAUCUUCAGAGGCUGGGCCCAGUCAUGGCUGAAAGGAUCAAUGCUUCUCUUUGGAAGCAGGGAGAUGAGAUCUAAUGAGCCCAGGGCAUGUGAAAGAAUAAAUGGGAGACAGUGAAAGGUCAGCACAUGAAACACCAUCUCAGGAUGUAAACUUUGCACAAUAUUUCUUUUCAUGAUCAUAUCUUUUUCUGCUGUGCAAGGGGAACAGAAAGUCCCAGCCCCGGCUGGGGUGAGGGGAAGGCGGGGAGCAGCCACUUGCUGAGUUUUCCUUGAGAUUUUAUGUUUAACAUGCUGUGUGUGUUUGUGAAUUGGAAUGCUGGGGCUCUGAGUUUGAUGGGAUCAUUUCAGUCAUUCAUAUAAUGUGACGGCUGGCCCCAUGCCAAUGUCAAGCUGAAAAUUCCUUUCAAUGAGAAACAUUGUAGGCAAAAAUCCUCCUCUCAGUUCCGCACAGCGGCUAUGAAUGCUGAUUUCCUGCUCUCCCUGCAUGUGCAGAACUCCCAGUGACAUCAAUGAGAGAUCUGCAUGGGCAGGAGGGAAUAGCCCAGGCAAAAGCUGGCACGUGGCUGAGGAAAUUGUUUAGCAAAGGCAGCCUAGAUAAGCAGAUGUGAGUUUCUCUUGAGAGCCCAUUCCCUUUGAUUAACGAAUAGGGCCCUAAAAUGUUGGUAUGAAGCUUGUUGUCUGGCGUUGUACUUGGGGAAUCACUUGAAGUGCACUCAAACCUGGCUAUUUACAUGGAAAAUGUGAUCGUUUUUUCCAUCCUCAGAACCCCCCUCGUUGCCAUCCUGUGUGUCAUCACCAGACCCCUAGCUCUUGCCAACAGACACCACGGUGGAUCAUAAAGGCUGCAAUAAUGUAGAUCUUGUUGAAGGAGAAAAUGGACAAUGUUGAGCCAAGGUUCUCUAGCAAUGGUCCAUGAACCAACCAUCACAGACCCCCAGAACCCUCCCUGCAAUCCUCCGAAUUAAGUGUUUUUGAGAACCUAGCAGUGUGAGCGUGUGUGGGGAGCUGCCAGGAUAGGAAGGGCUGUUGGUCCAUAAGCUCCAUGUAUUACAAAGAACACCACAGAAUUAAGUUUUUUGUUGUGGGUUUUUUUGUUUGUUUGUUUUUGUUUUGGAGAGCUAAUCAGUGUGGCCUAGUGACUAAGGCAGUGGACUGGGGUGCAGGAUAUUGCUAGCAUUGGCUCUACCACAGAUUGUCUGUUUGACCCUGGGGAAGUCAUUCAUCUCCUCAUUUUCCCCCAUCUAUAAAACAGAAAUAGUGAUACUGACCUGCCUUUGUAAAGUGCUGUGAGAGCUAUGGGUGAAAAACACUUCAUCAAGACCUAUGAGGGAAGUCUGAAAAAAUUGGGUUUGUUUAGUCCAGAGAAGAGAAGACUGAGAGGGAACAUGAUAACAGUUUUCAAGUACAUAAAAGUUUGUUACAAGGAGGAGGGAGAAAAAAUGUUCUUGUUAACCUCUGAGGAUAGGACAAGAAGCAAUGGGCUUAAACUGCAGCGAGGGAGGUUUAGGUUUUGGAUAUUAGGAAAAACUUCCUAAGAGCACGUCUACAGUGGCAAAGUUACAGCACCGGCAGUUACAGCACCGCUUAGAGAGCGCUGAAGGGAAACUGCUGUUGUGUGUUCACACUGUCAGCUGCCUGUGCAAUAGCGUGUUCACCUG